GGCAUUGAAAGGUGAAUGUUGGGAAGAGAGUGACAGCUACUGCAGUAUGUUCAUUAAAGAGAAGGAGGAGGAUACAAAAGACCCUCUCCACUUUACCAGUGACCCCACAGAAUGGCCAUGCAAGACCUCCAACUCUAGUCAGAUUGCUGACACUUAUAUUGACUCGGAUAGCUACUUAGACAGCGUAAUUGAAGUGAAAGAUGAGCCAAUAAAUGAUUGUAUGGAAGAAAUUGAUGAGAACUACUAUGCUACGUGUGCUAAAAAAGAAACUGCCGCAAAACACCAGGUACAUAUUAACGAUGCCUCUUCAUACUUGGCAUGCAAUCCAUCCAUCAAUACCCAGGACACCCUGAUGGCCACAUCAACAUCUGGAUCACGACCGUGCUCAGGAACAUGCCCCACCCAGUCACUGUCUGAUGAUGAAAGUCACAAUACAUUAUUUGCAGAAGAGGAGGAAAGUGACAUUGAUGACUCUGACUUCGAUAAUUAUACACAGGGCACAGAUCGCAGUGAUUCAGACAGUGAUAACGAUGCACAUGUGGCUAGUGGUUAUGGUGUAUGUGGUGUUACCAGGCAUAGCUUUGCAGCAUCAGAUUGCCCAGGCAAUCACCACUGUGUGAUAUCACAUGGAGAAAAUGAGGGACAAAAGCCUUCGUCUUCAACAUGUUUACCCUCAUCUUCAUCUGGUCAUGCCCAUAGUGUGUGUUGUAGACGUGCUUCAUCUCCUAGUGAACAGAAUUUUGUUGGUGCUAGAAUUCAUGGCCGUGGUGUUCGUGUAGUGUCAGCCCGAACGCCAGAUGUAAUUAUGUGGAGUGAUGGUGCAGACUUUGUUCCACAAAUUCCUACAUAUGACAAUACAGGUGUUGGAGUUACAGACCUUUUUCCAUAUACAGGUGAGGAAGUGAGCGAAAUGGAGUAUUUUAUGGCAUAUUUCGAUGAGCCACUCAUGAAAUAUAUUGUUCAGGAAACGAACAAAUAUGUGGUCGAACUCAUUGAAAGUGUGGAAAUACUACAAUUUUCACGAUUACAGCGUUGGAAAGAUACUACUGUAGGUGAAAUGUAUGUGUUUCUUGCACUAUGUAUGAUGAUGAAACAUUGUGUAAAAAAUGUCAUCACAGAUUAUUGGAGCAAAGACAGUUGUGUUCCAACACCUAUUUUCGGAAAAUAUAUGUCACGUGAUAGGUUUGUGUUACUCCUCAGGUGUCUUAAUUUUGCAAAUAAUGAAGACCAGACUAAAGAUGAUAGACUUUGGAAGGUGAGGCACAUUCUGAAUGAACUGAUUGGAAAGUUCAGAGAUUUCUACAAACCUGCUCAGAAACUGGUGAUUAUUGAAUCGCUUGCGCUUUUCAAAGGACGUGUUGCCUUCAAAAAAUGUAUUCCCUCCAAACGCCACAGAUUUAAAUUCUUUGUACUUUGUGACUGUGAAACAGGAAUGGUCUUAUAUAUGAUUCUGUAUUCUGAUAGCAAUGUAGACAUUCCCGGUAAUGAUCAACAUGGUUUCUCGGGUAGUGUGGUGAAGACAAUAAUGGCACCAUGGCUGAACAAGGGCCACAUUUUAUACACAGAUAACUAUUAUACAAGUCCCUUGUUAACUAGAUUCUUGCUUGAAAAUAGAACUGGAGUGUGUGGCACAGUAAAGACAAGAAGAAGGGAAAUGCCUGUGUUUGACAAUAAAAUUGCAGUAGGUGAAUGCCAGUUAAGAAAAACUGAUCAAAUACUCUCAGUGCGGUGGAAAUACAGGGAAGAAGUUAACAUAUUGACAACCAUUCACACAGGUACAAUGGUGCACAGUGGCAAGGUGAACAAGGUAACAAAAGAACAAAUAUAUGAACCAGAUUGUGUCAUGGACUAUAACAUAAAUACUCGUUUGGUUGAUAAAUGUGACAUGAUGAUGAGCACUGUCGAGUGUAUACAUAAAACAGUGAAGUGGCCCAAGAAGAUGUUUUUUCACCUUGUUGACAUAACUAUGCUGAACAGUUAUAAUAUGUAUCUGGUGAAAACAGGUCAUAAACCAACAUUCCGUGUGUUUAGUUUUUCUGUUGUGACACAAUUAUUAAAAAAGUUUGGCAAAGACGUUCCUGGCAUACAAAGACCCAUUCAGAAUCCAGUAUUGCACCAUGCUCCUACACCCAGGCUCACUUACACAGAGGCCUUUCAAGUACACAGAAUAAAACAUUUGCCACCAACUGGAAAGCGUGCAAUAGGCCAACGUGUUUGCAUAGUUUGUAAAACCACACAAACGAGACCACAGAAACGUAAACUGGUGCAAACAUGGUGUGAAGCAUGUGCCAUCCCUUUGUGUGCUGUCAACUGCUUCAACGACUACCACAGUCUCCAGCACUUCUAAAUGUUCAAUAAUGGUGCAAAAAACCUGUACAUACUGUAUUAGCCCACUAAUCUGGACUAUAUGGGAAGGACCCUCAGCCGAAUUAGCACGUUUUGUGGAUUAACGUACUUUUUCACCACGGAAGUCCAAAAGUGACCAUUUCCAAAAAUAUUUGUACAGACAGCCACUUGGUUUGUAAACAAAAGUUAUCCGAAGGCAGGAAGUGAGGGAGGGAACGGCAGGCAGGGAGAUGGAAAAGGUGGCAGGGAGAGAAGCAGAGAGGCAAGCAGGAAGGGAGAGACUGGGAGGUAGGUAGGGAGAGAGGC